AUGACUAAUGAAUGGAUUCCUACAUUGGAAAGGAAUAGAUGUCUUCCUUAUCCAAUUUGCGUGGCUCUGAAAGAUGUGAAAUUGAUGGUCCCGGCUGCGGUGAGGAGGGGCGAAAGGGUGGUGCUGAGAUGCCACUACGAUAUCGAAGGGGAUCAAUUGUACGCGGUUAAAUGGUACAAAAACGAUCGAGAAUUUUAUAGGUACACCCCGAGAGAGAGUCCACCCAUCAAGCAGUUUCCCAUCAAUGGUCUGAGGGUCAUCGAGGAGGAAUCCAAUGCUACUCACGUAGUCCUAGAUUCUGUCUCGAUGGAAAAUACAGGGAAAUACAGUUGCGAGAUAUCCGCAGACGCUCCUUCGUUCUUCACGGAAAUGCUCAAUGCUCAUAUGGAGGUGGUGGAGCAGCCGAAGAAGGAUCCGCAGAUCACCGGGUUGAAGCACAGAUAUCGUCUGGAUGAGAUUUUGAAGGCGGAAUGCGUGUGCAAGGAGUCCAGGCCCGCUGCAAACCUCACUUGGCUCGUGAACGGAAGGCCCACAGAGGCUACCCGCAUCCGCAGACACCACACUAAACCCUCCGGAAACGGGGCUUUACUCAAUUCGCACUCCGCUCUUCGCUUGAGGAUCGACGAGGAGCUCUUCGUGAAAGGUAACCUGAAGAUCAAAUGCGUAGCUAGCGUGUACGAUAUCUACUACAGAAGCUCGGAGAAGAGCGUCGAACUGGAGAGAAUGCACAGACACAAGGCGACCACAACGACCACCGCUUCAUCCAUGGAUGUACCUGCGGAGGGCGCAGCAACAACCCUUUCGACCACUCCGACCGCCCUUUGGGAAUACGCGCUACCGGCAGGUCGCUACCCCCAAAGUACAUGGAUUUUUGCUGGCAUGGAUUCGUCGGCUGGGAAAUUGGCUGCAUCGUUGAGCAUUUUAUUGGCUGCAGCUUCGAUGUCGAUUGGAAUGCGCUUCAACUUCCGGUAAACUCGCUUCGCGUUUCCAUAAUUCCGUUUGCAGAAUAAUCAUUGUCCAGGUAACAUUUAUAAUUUGUUGCAAGAGGGAAUUUCCAAAUAAAAAAAAAGCAGUAAUUCCGAAACGUUUCUUGUGAUAUUAUUCUAUUAGGUAGAAGAUGCAUUCUAUCCUCAUGGUUGCUGCACAUCCAUGGUUUUAAUAUUUAUUUUUAUUAUCUCUCUCUCUAGUUUUUUUUUUUCAUUCAUAAAAAUUUCACCCGCAUAAAUAUGUAUGUGUGUCUAUUAAUCGUGGCUAAAACAUCAAACGCAUUCGACAAUUUCACGGUUUUACUGGUAGAGAGACAAAUUCAAUGGAAAGACUGUAGCUAUGUCAAUUUCAAUAUAAUCUGCGGAAAUUUGCGGUGGUAGAUUUAAAACUGGAUACCAGAUGAAUUUAGGGAUUUUUCGGGGAUGAAUUGUAUAGUUGUGAAUAUUUUAAUUACUUGUUAUUUAAAAAUUAAAAAAAAAAAAUGAUGAAGGAAAUGAAGUGAUGAAAUGAUAUAUGUAUAAAAAAAGAAGUAUAUUGAGAAUGUGUAUAUUGUAAGUUGUCAAAUACCAAA